AUGUCCAAAAAGUCGUAUUCCGCAGAGGAGAAGCGCCGAGCAAUCGAGCAAUACCAUGAGAAGAUCAACUACAGCGCACGCUACUCCGACGACGAGUGGGAAUACCGCCAUGUUAUCCUCCCAAAAGCACUCACCAAGUUUGUUCCCUCUGGCGUACUGUCCGAGGACGUCUGGAGAGGACUCGGUAUCCGCCAGUCGCCAGGGUGGGAGAUGUACAUGCGCCACGAGCCUGAACCACACGUCCUCCUUUUCCGCAGGCCAAAGGACUACGACUUGCGGCACCCGCCACUCGGUGCGGCCAGACUUGUCAGCGCAGCCAAGUAA